AUGGCCAAAGAACUAAAAUCGCUCGUCACCGAGCUCAACAACGCCGUAAACCGGAAGCAAUUCGACAAAGCCAACGACCUCCUCAGCCGCGCAAAACGCACCCUCCUGCUACAAAACGCCCUCAUCCCGACUCCCUCCACAUCCCCCGACCUCCUCGUCCUCGCACGUGAGAUCCUCGAGCUCGGAGCCAUCGGCGCCAUCCGACAGACCGACGCUCACUCUUUCACCCGAUACUAUCAGCAGCUACAGCCAUUUUACGAUCUGGAGCGGGACUCUUCAAGUGGGAAGAAGAUUGACGCGAAGUCCAGCCAACGCAGCAAAAUCACGGGUCUAUAUCUUUUGCUUCUGCUGAGCUCCGGCGAUGGCACAAGCUUCCAUACAGUGCUCGAGGGACUGGUUGAAGAGGCGAGUUUGAAGGAGAAGUCGGUUGAGGAUGAUCCUUAUAUCAAGUACCCGGUUGAUCUGGAGAGAAAUUUGAUGGAGGGGAGCUAUGAUAAGGUGUGGCGGGAAACGAACUCUGAGAGGGUCCCUUCGGAGGAUUUUGCUCUGUUUUCGAAUGUGCUCGUUGGAACCAUCCGCAGCGAAAUCGCAGACUGCUCCGAGAAAGCUUACCCGUCGCUCCCGAUAUCCAACGCCAAGAACCUCCUCUUCCUUGAGUCCGAAGGUGCUGUUAUGGAGUUCGCCCAGCAGCGCGGAUGGACCCUCCGCGACGGCCGGAUAUACUUCCCUGUUGAGCCGGAGGCGGCGACGCGCUCGGAGAAGGAUAUCCUUGUGGCCAGCGGCGCGAUCAUCGAGAAUGCAAUUGGAUACGCUCGGGAGUUGGAGACGAUUGUUUAG